ACAGUGAAGAAAAUUAACAUAAAAGAGAAAGAAAGAAAAACCGCGAAGGCUCUGGAGCUCUGGAAUGUGCUUGUCUUAACAAGGAGGGCAAAAUCCAAUCGAAGAUCAAAUCCCAAACCCUAGCCCUAAAUCCACGAUGGAGAGAAGAGGAUCCCGAUCCAACGGAAUGCUCCCGCUGCUCGCACUCCACGCCGCCAGCGAGUAUUACCGGCUCGAAAGGAAGCCUCCGGUCACCGCCGCUCUCAUUGCCGCCAAUUCUCUCGUCUACCUACGCCCGGCGUUCCUCGAACCCAUCCUCCCUUCCAUCCAUGACGUCUGGUUCAACCCUCACCUCAUCCUCAAGAACAAUGACUUGAAGAGGUUCUUCUUGUCACCGUUUUACCAUGUGGGAGAGUCUCAUCUGGUUUACAAUAUGCUCUCGCUGUUGUGGAAGGGAAUUAAGUUGGAGUCUUCGAUGGAUAGCACCGAAUUUGCAUCCAUGGUUGCUGUGUUACUUGGCAUGUCCCAAGGAAUCACAUUGAUGCUUUCGAAAGCGUUGCUGGUUUUGUUUGACUAUGAAAAGGCUUAUUAUUCGGAGUAUGCUGUCGGGUUUUCUGGGGUGAUAUUUGCGAUGAAGGUGGUUCUUAAUAAUCAGUCUGGGAACUAUAGUUAUGUGCAUGGGAUUCCCAUGCCAUCGCGUUAUGCUGCUUGGGCGGAGUUGGUUCUUAUCCAGAUGUUGGUGCCUGGUGUGUCUUUUAUUGGUCAUUUGGGUGGAAUACUUGCCGGGUUACUGUAUCUGCGGUUGAGGGGUGCAUAUUCGGGUUCAGACCCACUUACUUUGGUCAUCAGAGGUGUUACUGAUGUACUGAAAUUGCCCAUGAGGUUUUUAAGACGAGUGUUUCCAUUCAGAAGGAGGCAAAUAUCUGGUAGAGGCCCAGUUGGUGGGAGACGUAGAGGAAUAGCUGUGGCGGAUUGGAGGUGCAAUGCUUGUACAUAUGAGAAUUCUGGUUGGUUGGAUGCAUGUGAAAUGUGUAACACAAACAGGAAUGACAGUGGCAGUGGCAACACCAUGGCGUCGCGUCCUUUGCCACAUUAUUCUCGCGACCUUACUUUGGAACAAUUAAGGCAGCUAAGGUUGGAAAGAUUUGGUAGAUGACAGGCUCUCCAACUCCAGAGUGUUGCAUUAAGUAGUCAAACAUAGCAGAGAGUGAAUAAAGGUACAGUUGUCAUAAGGUCUGUCAUCACUGCUGAUGCUCAUAUGCUGUUUGUAUCAAGUCAUUUGGUUAGAAAUCUUAACAAUAUAGUCAUUGUCUUGGACUUAUCAGUGUAGCUAAAUUGUGUUUGUUCAAACAAUUUGGUGAACUUUCAAUGUUUUAAAUGUUGAUCACUCACAAUGGCCUUUUAGCUGUGUUUGAAUUUGGGUUGCGUGAUUUCUGGAGUCCAUGAGUAGCAAAAGAAAGCAAGAUCAUCAAACACUUGUACAGUCGAGAUUUGGUCAGAAGUUGUAAAACCAAAUAACUUAGGAGCAUCAGUUGUCAAAUCUCAAAUCCCUUG